GGUCCCGCGAGCUCCACGUCUCCAGGCCUGGGUGUGCUUCCUGGUGGCCGAGAGCGAGCAGCGGCGCCGAGCUGGGGGUCUCGCCGAGCGACUUUUCUCCUGCCUUUGUGCGAGCAUAUUCAGUCUUAGCAUAUAAGGGCUCCGUCCCCGCAAGAGUGACAGUCCUGCGUGUCCGAAGAUGUCCGCGCCGGGAGGAAAUAAGAGCACCAACAGCGAGGCUUGGGGCAGCUUCGAUGACAACCUGAUUCAGCAGGGCGGGGGCUCGGCCGUGAUCGACAUGGAGAACAUGGACGACACGUCGGGCUCCAGCUUCGAGGACAUGGGCGAGAUGCACCAGCGCAUGAAGGAGGAGGAGGAGGUGACGGAGGAGGCGGCCGCCACGGAGGAGGGCGAGGACGGAGAGUUCCUGGGCAUGAAGGGCUUCCGGGGGCAGCUGGGCCGGCAGGUGGCUGACGAGGUGUGGCAGGCAGGGAAGAGGCAGGCCUCGAAGGCUUUUAACCUGUAUGCCAACAUCGACAUCCUCAGACCCUACUUUGACGUUGAGCCCGUUCAAGUCAGGAACAGGUUGAUAGAAUCAUUGAUUCCUGUAAGAAUGAUUAACUUUCCACAGAAAAUUGCUGGGGAGCUGUAUGGGCCCUUGAUGCUGGUGUUCACUUUGGUUGCGAUUUUGCUGCAUGGAAUGAAGACAUCUGGAACUGUCAUUAGAGAGGGCACCUUGAUGGGCACAGCCAUUGGCACCUGUUUUGGCUACUGGCUCGGUGUUGCUUCCUUCAUCUAUUUCCUGGCCUACCUGUCCAAUGCUCAGAUCACCAUGCUGCAGAUGUUAUCACUGUUGGGUUAUGGGCUUUUUAGCCACUGCCUUGUUCUCUUCAUCACCUACAAUGUCCAUUUUCACUCCCUCUUCUACAUUCUGUGGUUGGUUAUCGGGGGGCUCUCCACGCUGCGGAUGGUCGCGGCUCUCAUUUCCCGCACCGUGGGCCAGACCCCUCGUCUCCUGCUGUGCGGGACCCUCGCAGCCCUGCACAUGCUCUUCCUGCUGUACCUCCACUUCACCUAUCACAAGAUUGUCGAAGGAAUUCUGGACACCCUGGAAGGUCCCAAUGUGCCGCCCAUUCAGAGAGUGGCUCGAGACCUGCCUGCCAUGUCGGCCACACUGGUGAACGCCACAGUGAAGAGCAUCGGAGCCACUCUGCAGUCGCAUUAGUUCAGUCAGGAAUUCUGGGAGGAAGAACAGCAGACCGUUCAACGUCGGAUGUGAACCGUAAACAUCAACAAUAUCCUUAUUAGCAGAACAGGGGUAGAAAUGAGUAACUUUUUAUUAGCAAGUAUUUCAUGAGCACCGUCACAUGGUGAUGUGUAUUCUGUGUAUUGAAAGAGCAGAAGUAAGGCCACAAAACCCAGAUCUUACAGAGUUCUGCGUAAGAGAAUCACAGAUUUCUGAAAAACACUUUUUUUAGCCUAGAUGUCUUCUGGUUCGUGCAGCAUUUCUUGUUUCAGGUGUUUUUUUAACCAUUUAUUUUUUCUUCCUUUUUUCCAAGCACGGGUUUGUUACAUUAAGUUUAAUUGGGGAUGUUGCAAAUGACAUGAAAUCUGUGCAGGGGAAAAAAAAGUGUAUUAGAGAUGCUGUCUGAAAACUGUUACAAAGAAGUGAAAUACGGAGGAGGGUAGAAUUUGAAAAA